CCGCAGAACUGCGAAUUACUUGUGCGUUUUGCCUUUCUUUGUUCGUCGACGGAGUCUCCCGCAGUCCCCAAAUCCCCAAAUGUGGAAAUUCAGAGAAAAUUCAAAGUUGCCUAUGACUCUGUUCUUCUGAAUUUGAAUUCCCCUCAAUUGAUACUAAUUCACAAUUCAAACCAAUAAACAAUGGCGGAAAUUCCAUCUUCUUCCCCCAAAACAAUCGAAUUACCUUCGAACCGUAUAAUCAACCCUGCAAACCUAGUUGCCGCACCAGCAUCAUCGACGGCGUCGUCCGAUCCUGGAAUCACCAUGACUUCUCCUUCUAACAACAACAAUUCUAUCUCACAAUCUCCUUCGAUUGAUAUGCAGUCUCAACAAAUGCAGCAACAGCAAAUUCAGAUGCAGCCUCAACAAAUGCAGCAACAGCAAUUGACACAACCUCAACAACAACAGCAGCAGCAACAGCAACAAAUGCAGCUUCAGCAGCAACAGCAGCAGAAUAAUAAUAAUUCUACUAGUCUUAACGGCAGUAAUAAUAACAACUUAAUGGCCGCCGCCUCUAAUUUUCAGAUGCAGAGAUCACCUUCCAUGUCGAGGUUGAGUCAAUUCCAAAUGCAACAGCAGCAACAGCAAUUUGGUUUGAUGAGGCAGCAAUCAGGAGGAGGAGGGCUUUAUGGUCAAAUGAAUUUUGGUUCCGGUGGUACUGCCCUCCAGCAACAGCAAUUACAGCAACAACAGCAACAACAAUUGCAGCAGCAACAACAGCAACAACAAUUGCAGCAGCAACAGCAGCUACAACAACAGCAACAGCAACAGCAACAGCAGAAUCAACAACAGCAGCAGCAAAUAGGAGGCCAAAUGGGUAGCGGAAAUUUAACUAGGGCAGCUUUAAUGGGACAGACUAGCCAUCUUCCCAUGUUGUCCGGACAAGCUGCUGCAGCUGUCGCCCAGUUCAAUUUGCAAUCUCAAUUUUUGAAUCCGCCACGGCAGAAGGCAGGUCUAAUGCAGGGGAAUCAGUUUCAUACAGGGAAUUCCCAUGGCCAGUCCUUGCAGGGUAUACAGGCAAUGGGAAUGAUGGGAUCUCUCAACAUGAGCUCUCAGUUAAGGGCAAAUGGUGCCCUUGCAUAUGCACAACAAAGGGUCAAUCAAAAUCAGUUGAGGCAGCAGUUGUCCCAGCAAAAUCCUCUCACCACUGCUCAGAAAAUAUCGGUUCAGAACCUUCCAAGGACGUCAUUUAUUAACCCUCAGUUACCUGGAUUGACUCAGAAUGGACAAUCUACAAUAAUGCAGAACAAUUCAUCACAGCAGCAGUGGUUGAAGCAAAUGCCUGCUAUUUCUUCUCCUAAUUCCCCCUCCUAUCGUCUUCAACCGCAGAGGCAGCAGCAACCAAUGCUUAUGCAGCAACAAUUAACUUCAUCUCAACAGUUGCAUCAAAAUUUAAUUGGUUUGAACCCACAGCAACUAUCCCAAAUUGUACAACAGCAACAACAGAUUGGCCACCCUCAGAUGCAGCAGCAGCAGCAGCAGCAACAACAACAGCCACAGCAGCUUUUGCAUCAGCAGCAGUCUUCUCCAAGGAUGGUUGCCCCAGCUGGCCAAAAAUCUCUCAGUUUAACUGGGUCACAACCAGAUGCUACUGGAUCUGGAACAACUACUCCUGGGGGAAGUUCAAGUCAGGGGACUGAAGCAAGCAAUCAGCUUCUUGGAAAGAGAAAGAUACAGGAUUUGGUUUCACAGGUGGAUUCACAUGGAAAGCUUGAUCCUGAAGUUGAAGAUCUUCUUCUAGAGAUUGCUGAUGACUUCAUUGAUUCGGUUACUACAUUUGCUUGCAAUUUGGCGAAGCAUCGGAAAUCUUCGACUUUGGAGUCCAAGGAUGUACUGUUACAUCUAGAGAAAAACUGGCAUUUGACUAUUCCAGGCUUUUCAAGUGAGGAGAGGAAACACUAUCCAGAACAUUCACCAAGUGAUCUCCACAAAAAGCGUUUGGAUGUGAUACGUACGUUGAUGGAGGCCUCACAAGCAGAAACAAGUACACAUACUAGUGCUAAGGAGACCGUCAGACCAGGGGUGGGAGACUCAAAUCACAUGAUCAGACCUCCAAGUUCAGAGAAAUUGGUCUCACAGUCUAAUGCUUCACAAAUGCUGCAUGAGAUGACAAAGUUUUGAUGUCCCAGGAGUUCUUGGUCAUCUCCCGUGUUAACUGUACAGACCUGAAUGAUCAAUAAUGAUGGGAGGCAUAAGUUAUGUAGGUGUAGCUUAAUGGAUGUUUUUGAGACUUGAGGUGUGCAAAGAAAAAGUGCAGAAGAACCACCAAUAGUUGAAUGGUCUUAAAGGCCUGUAAAGUAUGCAGUUUAGUUGACAGUAGCUAAUUCAGCCUGUGACGAUGAACUUGCUCAGAUUUGGUUUCUCCACCGUAGUCCGCUUGUUGACAGCCUGUGAAUAAUAUCCUUUAAUUAUUCUGUUGGCCACCUUUUCGUUCUAUAUACCACCGAACGAGGUUAAAUCUUUGUUUUACCCUUUAUCAUAGUUGAAACAUUGUUAUCAAACGGUUUUUUAUGCUGUUAGAAAUCACUAACAGAUUUUUUCUUUUCAAGGGUACCUUUUAGAUUUCACUAUGGCAGAGACAUGAAUUUUUUUAAUAGAAAAUCCUCUUGACGUAUUCAUUGCAAGAGGUCCAGCUCAGAGGCGGAUUUUGGAUGUAAACUCUACAGUUUCAACCUUCAACAUAUUUAGCAGUGAACCCUUUAUAUUUUGAAGCUA